AUGUCGCCGGGUACCUCUCGCUUGUAUGAGCUUCAACCCGAUCCCUAUGAUAUCACACAACGGCGUGCAAUUCGCAUUUGUCUCUUCACUGAUGUAAAGAAUGCUCAUGUUUUACGCGACAAGCUGCGGAAAGGCGAAAUCGACGCUGCGAUGAUUCGUGCCGAGUUGGUGUUGGAGCCGUUCAUCGUAUUGGCGGCUGCGAAUCGAGCUGUUCAUCAAGCGGCCCACAACCGCUUGUCUACUCGAAGUCUUUCAGCUGAACUCGUCUAUAGUUUAUCGCCGAGUCGAAACAUUUCUGACUCGCUGGUGACAUUUGGUAUCGCCGACACGAGCAAGAACAUUCUUGUAUGCAUAUUCGAUGACAAAGACGGUUCAAAAAUGAAGAAAUUGGCAAAAGAAAUCGAAGGACGGCCGGAAAACCUGGAUAAGUUGACCUCGAUCAUGGAUCUUCGUGUCAUUCGAAAGAUUUCUGACUCGCUGGUGACAUUUGGUAUCGCCGACACGAGCAAGAACAUUCUUGUAUGCAUAUUCGAUGACAAAGACGGUUCAAAAAUGAAGAAAUUGGCAAAAGAAAUCGAAGGACGGCCGGAAAACCUGGAUAAGUUGACCUCGAUCAUGGAUCUUCGUGUCAUUCGAAAGAUAUACCAACUGCGAGACGAGAAGUUCAACGAGGAUACGUUCACUGAUCGGGUUCUGUCACGAAUCAUCACCAAAGACUUCAUGUCAUAA